GUUGAGGUUCCCCGAUGAACAGGCGGGGAUCCCAAGUCUCGUUAAUUUAAUGAACCUAAAGAGACAACAAGGAGACGCGGUUUCCUCGCGUUCCUGGGUUCCACGCUGACAACGCCAAAUCACGAGGAUGCCAAGCCGAACCCCCCUGUGCCACUCUACGCGAGAUGCACAGACCAACACUUUAGGUGUUUCGCGUCUCGGAUGCGUCGCGGUCUCCCCUCCAUCCGCUAGCUCAUCCCCUCAACUUCGUCCUGGUCCUCAUCAAUAUCGUUAAGCCAAUCAAGCUAGUUACAUCACGAGUCUUUUGCGACAUCAUCAGACCUCCAUAAUAGGUCCUUCGUAUCAUCAAUUGACAUCACUGUGGCCGGUUCAACUGUUAGGUUACCGAUUCGUCGCCUCCCCCCAGUUAUCAUUACCGUGGGGCCUACGUUGUUAGUUCGAUAUUUGAUCCAAGAUGGUCGUCAAGCGCAAGAGAUCGGACUCCGAGCUCGGAUCUGUCUUCUCGUCGACGGACCAGCUGGGCAACAACUGCUUCAACUUUGACGUCGUGUCGGCGAUGGACACAGCCAGACGCGGGUUCUUUGCCCCACGACUGUCCACGCCCUCACAUUUGCCCAGCCGUACGAUGAAGCGCUUUCGUGACAACAGGCCAUCAGAAACAGAGGUGCACCAACACACGCUAGACGUCCUCUUCUCCGCCCAGCGCCGACCACACGAACGCCAUGACGCAGCGCCGGAGUCUCCCAAGAUGGCGAGCGCCGACGGGUCCCUACAACUUCCCGCGCAACCCUACCACACCAACCAACAGCGGUCUCUGCAUAGCUUCUGGAACUUGCCCGGGCCAUCAACGUCAGCGAGCUCGCUAGCAUCCUCGCCGUCAUCGUCGGCCGUGUCGCCUCCGUCGCCGGCCCUUGCGCCCCGGAGCACGUCGACGAACUGCGAGGAUUGUGGGAUGGGGCUGGCGGGGGCCGACGAUGGUGAUGUCAUGAUGGACGUGGACAGUUAUGGGUUUAACCCUGAGGAUCAGAUGUGCGGCGCGUGUGGGAAAGCCGUUUGCUUUAGCUGCUCUAUCAGCAACCUUGGCGAGAAUCGGCGUUGUUUAGCUUGUGUUGAGCCGAGGGGCAGGGCCGGCGGGAGUGGGUGGUUUAGGAGUUAGGUGUGGGGUGUUGCAGAUUGACGUAUGCCUGAUCUGGCUUGCGUGUGGACGUGGGGUGUUGUGAAUACACGAGAUACCAGGUGGUUGGAUUGGCUUGGAUGCGGGUUGGUCUUUGAUGGAUCGGUGUUUGGCGUUAAUGAUCGAGCUUAAUUAAGCAUGGGCGUGGGAAUGGGUGUUUUGAGUUAAAUAGUUAGGUAACUCCCGUCUCAGUAUUGUGGUGCCUUUCAAGGGCUGUUUCUUGCUGUCAUCCAACGUCAUUACGAGGAUUCAAGGCGAUACUUCCCACAUGUGCUUUGAUAGAAAUGUAGGGUGAGAGAGCGAAC